AUGGACACCGACAUGACCACCUCUGGAGGACUCAACAUCCUCAUCGACCUUGCUCACGUCCCCGCUGAACUCCAGCUCGGCAUAGAAGCCAUCGCCACCAACGCCCCCCAGCAAAACAUCUCCCUCUGCGAAUCUGACGACCACCUCCACGACGUCGAGAUCCACUGGCUCGUCAGAUUCGAGAAGGACCAGGCGUUGAGCGAGGGCGAGUGUUCGGUUACAGUCUGCCAACACCUCGAGACGAGUGCCACUCAAAGCCGAGUUGCUAUUGAGGUCAAGUACCAGCGCAAGAUUGAAGCGUUCAGGUCGCUUGGGCGCAUCUUGGGGGCCAGCCGACAGAUUCAAGGACCCGAUCCGGAGAAAACUCGGUCCUUGCUCAACUAUACUGAAAAGGCAACCUUUGAGAAUCUGACCGUCAUGAUUGACUGCAGUCGCGGAGGUGUGUUGAAGCAGUCGAGCGUAUUCAGCAUGAUGCGCAAAUGUGCACUAAUGGGCAUCAACAUGAUGCAGCUCUACACCGAGGACACCUACGAGAUGGAGGGCGAGACUUUUUUUGGAUACCUGCGAGGAGGUUACACUCGCCAGGAGCUCAUACACAUGGACGACUACGCGGAUGCACUUGGCAUUGAGCUGGUCCCCUGCAUCCAGACCCUGGGCCAUCUUGGCCAGAUGCUACAGUGGCCUAAAUACCAUAUCUAUCGUGAUACCAACGAGGUGCUGUUGGCCAAUUGGGACGAGACCUACACCCUCAUCGAGAAGAUGAUUACAACCAUCAGCUCGCCACUGAGAUCCAAGAGAAUUCACCUUGGUUUGGAUGAGGCGGCUGGAGUUGGGGAGGGUCGGUAUCGCCAGAUCUUUGGCUGCGAAGACCCCACUCGUGUCUUUAUUCAUCAUCUCAAACGCGUGCAAGACAUCUGCAAGCGACUCGACUUGAAACCUAUGAUCUGGUCCGACACAAACAAGAACAAUAGCUUGGCUGGAUACUACGAUGGCGGCACGCCUCAAUUGACGGACAACUUGCCUCCAGACAUCGAUCUCGUCUACUGGGACUACUAUCACACAGCGAGCGAGUCAUACGCCAACAAGAUUGAACAGCAUCGAGAAUUGGGAUGUCCUAGCCCAUGGGUCGCAACAGCAGCUUGGACUUGGAACCGAUUCUGGUGUGCGCUCCCGUUUUCGUUCGCAACCAUCCAAGCCUCCUGUCAGGCUGCAAAGCUUGAGAGUAAGCCUGAUGCACAGGGUGUGAUCGGCAAGAAUGUCAGGAACAUGAUGAUUACGAUCUGGGGAGAUGAGGGUCACGAAUGUGACAUGUUCUCUGCUCUCCCAGCCAUGCAUUACUUUGCGGAUCAUGGAUAUACCCAGGACACUGAGAUUGAUCUUGACCGGCUAAAGAAUUGCUUCGAGGGCGUCUGUGGAGCCAAGUUUGACGACUGGGUUUAUGCCAGCAAGGCAAAUCCAUUCCUGGCACACAUUUCGCCACAGUACGCGAUGAUGAACCUAGAAACACACUAUGCUGAAAUUGCCCAGAACUUGAGCAAGAUGAUCGAUUACAACAAAGAGAUCUUCCCCGAGAACGAACGUCUCCGGAUGGCCUACUUGGUCGCCCAAGUCCUCACGCUCAAAUGUCAUCUCCACUCACGAAUGACCAUCGCCUACCGCUCGGGCGACCGCCAAGAACUCUAUGACCUGACUGAGGGUCGACUCGUCGACCUCCAGGUGGCCGUGGAUCAACUGUGGAAGUACCAUCGGUCCAUGUGGCACAAGACUAAUAAGCCAUUUGGGUGGGAGGUCGUCGAGAUGCGGUAUGGUGGCUUGAGGACGAGACUCUUGACUAUGAGAGAUCGAAUUCUAGAGUACCUUGAGGGGAUCGAGAACUGGGACCGCCAGCAGCAGCAGCAACUGCAGCAGAGUGAUGGCAGUGCGUUGGCUUCCUCGGUGGGUAGCCAGCACAGCAAUGGCGCCCAUUCCCAGAACGGCGCCGCAGCAGCAGCAGCAGCAGCAUCAGAGUCCAACCUGACUCCGACGAGACGGGGCAGUUGGAUGGACAAGAACCAGCAGGAGGAUAGACCCACAAUCCCGGAAUUCGAUACCAACCGCGAGGCCAUGUACGAGUAUGCGGGUUGUAACCUCCUCAUGGACUACAACCGCGUCUCUACUCCUAGCCGUCCUGGUUAG